AUGGCCAGAUUCACUCAGACUGAAACAAGAAGGCAGCACCAUCCACAGCAGCCCCAGCCCGCUCACUCCAGCCUGGUUUACACUGGACCGGGGGCGCCACCGACCCAGCCACCACUACUACUUAUUCCACAUCAGCACCAGUACCCUCAGAUCACAUUUCCGAAACCCAUGAACGGGUCAGAAGCCAUUUCAAUUCAUCCGGAGAGCGGCAACAUGAAAGACCAAGAUGCCAUAAAGCUGUUUAUCGGGCAGAUACCGCGGAACUUGGAGGAGAAAGACCUGAAGCCUCUGUUUGAACAGUUUGGGAAAAUCCACGAACUGACAGUUCUCAAGGACCGAUACACCGGCAUGCACAAAGGUUGCGCAUUCCUCACCUACUGCGCCCGAGAGUCGGCCAUCAAAGCCCAGAACGCCCUCCACGAACAGAAAACACUGCCAGGGAUGACUCGCCCCAUCCAGGUGAAACCGGCGGACAGCGAGAGCCGUGGAGAAGACAGGAAGUUGUUUGUCGGGAUGCUGAACAAACAACAGACCGAGGAGGACGUGUACCGCCUCUUCGAACCCUACGGAGUCAUCGAGGAGUGCACGGUCCUAAGAGGUCCUGACGGAAACAGCAAAGGUUGCGCCUUUGUCAAGUUCUCCACACACACCGAGGCUCAGGCUGCAAUCAGCGCCCUCCACGGCAGCCAGACCAUGCCAUUCUCUCUGCCCCCCCAGGGAGCCUCCUCCAGCCUGGUGGUCAAGUUUGCCGACACGGACAAGGAGCGCACCAUCAGACGCAUGCAGCAGAUGGUCGGGCAGUUUGGCAUCUUCAACCCGGCCAUCGCUCUUCCCUUCAGCACCUACAGUACUUACGCACAUGCGCUCAUGCAGCAGCAGGCGGCCAUCAUGGCAGCAAGCCACGGAGGUUACCUCACGCCUAGCGUGGCUUUUCCCGCCACGCAGAUCCACCAGAUGGGGGCGCUCAACAUCAACAGCCUCCAAGCCAACACCAUGACCCAGGUGUCGGGCGAUUUCCAUCAAGCCCUGGCAGGCCUCAGUUCUCCACCAGCCAACAUCGCCACCUCGGUGCCCAGCCUCGUCACGCCCCUCGUCAACGGAUUCACCGGCAUCCCCCAUCAGCCCAACGGACACCCCCACCCCGCGGUGGAGGCCAUGUACACCAACGGCCUGCCGCCUUACUCCACCCAGAGCCCCAGCGCUGCCGACACCCUCCAGCAAGCCUUCACCGGAGUGCAGCAAUACACAGCGAUCUACCCGACCACCACGCUGACUUCCAUUGGCCAGACGCUGCCCCAGCCACCGCAGGUCAUCCAGCAGCAGCAGCAGAGAGAAGGUGAGGGUCCGGAGGGUUGUAACCUGUUCAUCUACCACCUGCCACAGGAGUUCGGAGACAAUGAACUCAUGCAGAUGUUUCUGCCCUUCGGCAGCGUCAUCUCCUCCAAGGUCUUCAUGGACCGAGCCACCAACCAGAGCAAGUGCUUCGGUUUCGUGAGCUUCGACAACCCCGCUAGUGCACAGGCGGCGAUCCAAGCCAUGAACGGCUUUCAGAUCGGGAUGAAGAGGUUGAAAGUCCAGCUCAAGAGACCGAAGGACGCCAGCCGCCCGUACUGACACCGCCUACCUUCAGUAUUCAUUGCAGCAGCACAGGUUACAGAGGACACGUGAAGAUAUCUCGGAGGAGUUCAACUUUUUUUUUCUUUUCUUUCUUUGAAAGCGAAAUAUGUUUAAGAAAAAAAAGAAGAAGAAAAAACAAAAAAAGAAUCAACACAUAAGGAAUUUUUUGAAGACAUAUCAGCAUUUACUUACGAAGAUAUUAUAGGUUUUACGGCGGGGGGGGAAAAAAAGAGAAGAUGAGAAAGAGGAGGCGGCGCUUCACCGGGGGACUUAACAGUAACAGAUGGCACAGUGCAAGAAAGACGAGAAGAAGGAAAACAAAAAAAAGAAACUGGAAAAAAAGAUGUGAUGAGACCGAACAACAGAACUUUUUCUCGUUGAGACUUGAAUUGUUAAUUAAGCAACAAACUAACAAACAAAAAAGCAGCAACAACAAAUAGAUUUCUAUAUACAUAUUAUAUACACAUAUAUAUAAGGGAAGAAGGCGCUUGUGGCUUUUACUGUCCUGGACAAAUGAGGGUUAAAACUUGAAGAUCAAGAAAAACAGUGGAAAAAAAAAAGAUUGGUCCACUGACAGACUUUCUUUCUCUUUCCCUCUUUCUCUUAUUCUCUCGCCGUCUCUCUCGGCAAGCGCAGAGCUGUGACCCCUGGAGGUCACGGAGGUUUCCAUUAGCAACAGUAGAACUGCAAAUCUUUCACCCCUAAGGGACCAAAGGACCAAACAUUUUUAUUGUUCUGAACAGUAAUAUAUAGUAUUGAUGAUACUAAUACUACAAACUACUACUAAUAAUAUUACAAGUUAAACUUAAGAAGAAAUACUAGCUUCAGGUUUGAACACAAAAAAAGAAGACAAAAAAGACAAAAAAAGAAGAGGAAAUGAAUGGGUUUUGGUUUGUUUUCCUUUUUGCAUUUAUAGCUACUGGGUACUAAGGAAUAUUAAAACAAAACAGAAAAAAAAUAUGUAUAAAGCUAUACUAUUUUAGUGGCGUAGAAUAUGUGGGUUAGACAUUGUUUCGGGCAUGUUCAGAUACUCUUCUUUUCGCCACUCCAUCGCUUCAUCGGCGUCACAGCAUUUCAUCUCGGAGGUGCGAUCCGUCGGCGUUAUCGUGUCGGUAGACGGAGGAAAAAGUCGUCCCGCGGUGCCAAGAGUAAGCGGCGCGAUGACGGCCUCCCUCCGCUCGCCGCGCCGCAUGCGGGCGAUUCCACGCAUCGCGCUCGUCGGCGCCAUUUUGCCAAAUUCCAUAAUUGAAGCCGGAGCGAUCCCACGUCUUCAUUAGAGCCUCGACGCGGCGGAUGAUCUGACCGUAAAAAGCACCGCGGGUGAGAAAGUAAGCGCGCCCGGGCCGAGCCGCACGCCGCGAAACAACGGCGCCGCGAUCCUCGCCGCUUCAUAAAAGAUACAAAUGAGCUUGACAGCGGUUGUGAAAAAAUUAAUAAAUAAAUAGAUUCCAUCGGCGUGUCACAGCGGUCCCUGCCGGGUCGCGCCCUCUCCCGCUGCCAAGCUUCCUCCAGCUGCUCUCGGCAGACCCCCCCCCCCACUCCUAUUUCUCUCUCUCUCUCUCUCGCUCCUCACCUCCAAGAAGUGCCAGCAUAUUUCUCUCUUAAUGGGGACCAUCGGUUCACAGGGGUGGGGGUGGUGGUGGGGGGGGGCUAACCCACA